CAUGCCAGUUUUGGAGUCUGCAGGGUCUGCAGUGUUUUUCAAGGCCCUCCCCCACCCAUACUUCACGAGAAUUUCUUCUCGAAGCUCGAAGAAACAUUUCCCUGCGUUGGCGUUUAAUAAAUUGUGCAUACAUAACACCGAUGUGAGACGGACCCUAGUGUUGUAACGGACUAGAGAAACAGGGGAAAUGUCCGGUGAAUAUUUCGUGAAACGAGCGACGCUCGAUUACUUAGCAAUAUCGUUCAAAAGUAUCAGCAGAUAAAGAUAAAUAACGAGGAUCAAUCCCACGUACUCUGAGCUUCCAUGACAUGUUCAUUGUUCAUCGAAGGAAACCACAGCUUUUAUGACACUUCUGUUUACAUAUGCCGUCGUAAUUAUGCAGAAAUCCAAUACCGAUAACGCCAUGAGAAAUCUGUAUCUUAUCUUCUCUCUAGGUGAUUUGACCUUCAUUUCCUGUUAUAAACAAUUACAGACUAUUACUUGUUGGACUGAUCGGACACUGAGAAAUUUGACAGCAAGAUGCCAUCUACGUGUGGAGAUAUUCAGGAAGUGGCUGCCCUUGGAGUGCACACAAAUGUCGUUGAUGCAGCCUCAACAACAGAUAGUGUGGGCACUCACAGCGAUGUUUCCUGUACCACAACGAUUUCUGGUCGUCCCCGUAUCCAGGUGGUUUGCAUCCUGGAUCUCCAACAGCCAGAGCAGCUAGCGCUUCGCAAACGAGUGCUGGAGGAGAUAAAACAAGCCUGCGCUCUGGUGAACGCCAACAUGAAUCAUGUUCAAUUUGAAAAGCUGGAUUUCGGGGAGACAAACGUCUUGGACACGUUUUACAAUGCAGACGUGGCAGUGGUGGAUUUCUCCAUCCAGCUGCAGCAGUCGGCCUUGUCCUAUCAUCUGGGAGUGCGCGAGUUCUUCGAGAUGAAGGAAAAUAUUCUUCUCUACAACGAUGUAGACAGUGAGGCAACGAUCAGGCUGAAAGUGUCCUGUGGGAGCUACACAUUUGUGCCUUACAGGGUUUUAGAAUGUGGUGCAUGUGUCACGACAACUCUGGCAGCUACAAGAGCAGGAGAAGAGGCCAACGAUUCUAAACAACACCUUAAAUUAAAGCUGAAAAAACUUCUGCAGGACGUAGAGGUGCAGUCCAAGGCGCAUAUGAAGGAGAAAUUUUUGGUGGAUCUGAGAAGGGCUCGUGAGAUGUAUUCAGGAGACGAACUAGCUAAAAUCCUCAACAACAUGAGAAAACGUCUGGACGAUCCCAACGUCCUCUCAGGAGAAGUCAUUCUAAAUAUGUUGAUUUCGUUUAGAGAAAUUCAAGGAUACGACGCAAUGGUACAACUCGUAGAUGAUCUCCGAACGAUUCCCAAUCAUAAAAACUACAUAAAUACCCCGAUGAUAAUCUAUCUUUAUGGGUUCGCUUUGAGUAGAAGAAACAAAGAGGGCGAUCGAGAGAAAGCAGUUAGAGUAAUCGAAAAGGCUCUUGUGAAGAAGGAGAAUCAUGUGCCUGACAUGCUUUGCCUAUGUGGAAGAAUUUACAAGGAUCAGUUUGUGGAGAGUCGACACACUGAUCAGGAGAGUUUGAAUAACGCCAUCCGUUGGUACAGAAAAGGCUUCGAUGUUCAGCCCAAUGAAUAUGCUGGUGUUAACCUGGCGACACUCCUGGUUAUUGCUGGGAAUGAAUUCUCAAAAAGUGAGGAGCUCCAGCAUAUCGGGAUGGUUUUAAAUAAUUUGAUAGGGAAAAAGGGAAGCCUUUCCAGUUUGAAGGACUACUGGGACGUCGCUACAUUCUUUGAAAUUUCCGUCCUCGCGGAGGAUUAUGCCAAGGCCCUUCAGGCCGCCGAGUGUAUGUUCAAACUAAAGCCUCCCAACUGGUACCUAAAAUCUACUAUUGGAAAUAUUUCCCUCAUCGACCGAUUCAGGAAGAAGAAUGAAGAGGCAGAGACAUCUCCUGAAGAGCAGAUAUUCAGUUUCUGGACGGAUUUCUUUGUUGAAGCAACGAGAUCUGAAGUUGGAGACAGUAUUAGAUUUCCUCUUGUGAUUCUCGAGCCAACAAAGAUUUUCAUGCCAAGUUAUGUUAAUGUCAACCUUGGAGCCGAGGAGAAAUCCAUUCAAAUCUGGAAUCUCUGCUUGGACAGCAUGAAAAACAACUGCAAGCAGGUUCAUGACUGGCUAUUCACUGCUGACAUGAUUCGUAGUGUCAGUUUAUACAAGAGGGAUGAACGGUGUUUAUUUCUCUACGUUCACCAAAAUUCUGAUGACUUCCAAAUGUUCUUCCCCUCGAUUCAAUGUCGACAGAGAUUCUACGAUCUUGUUCUCGAGAUGACAGCUGAUGAAGAAGGCAUGGUGACAGAUCUUGACGCAUACAUGACUGAUGACCAGAUAAAGUAUGAGUACGAACUCGAUGAUCAGAAUAAACGAAAGAUCCUGGGAAAGGGGACCUAUGGAGUUGUUUUUGCUGCGAGGGACUUGAACACCCAGGUGAGAAUUGCUGUGAAGGAGAUUAGGGAGAGAAAUUUGGGAGAUGUCCAACCGCUGCAUGAGGAAAUCAAGUUGCACAGUCAACUUAGACACAGAAACAUCGUACAGUAUUUGGGAUCCGUCAGUGAGGAUGGAUAUUUCAAAAUUUUUAUGGAGCAAGUGCCCGGUGGCAGUCUCUCCGCAUUGCUGAGGGCCAAGUGGGGACCGCUCAAAGAGAAUGAAUCGACUAUUUCUUAUUAUACGAAGCAAAUCCUCGAGGGAUUGAAGUACCUGCAUGAUCAGAAGAUCGUUCAUCGUGAUAUCAAAGGUGACAACGUGCUUGUUAAUACAUACAGUGGAGUACUCAAAAUAUCAGACUUCGGAAUGUCUAAGAGACUGGCCGGUUUAUGCCCGAGUACUGAGACUUUCACUGGUACAUUGCAGUACAUGGCACCGGAGGUCAUCGACAAAGGGCAACGGGGAUACGGUGCACCGGCAGAUAUUUGGUCGUUAGGUUGCACAAUGGUAGAAAUGGCAACGGGUAAGCCACCGUUCAUUGAACUUGGCUCACCACAGGCAGCGGUAUUCAAAGUCGGAUAUUACAAAAUCCAUCCAGAAAUACCUUCGGAAUUAUCAGAACGUGCGAAGAACUUCAUAUUACGAUGUUUUGAACCAAAUCCGGAUGUGAGAGCAUCGGCUUCGGUUCUCUUGGAGGAUCCAUUCUUAGCUGAGAAGAAAAAAAGCUCUCGACUGGCAGCACCACCGGACUUCAGUCGCAGUAUUUCAGUGCCAAGCGAUCGGAUCGAGCGACUGGGUAAAUGUGACAAAACGAAUAACAAUCAUAUUGUCUCAGCACCUGGAAUACAGACAUCCCAGUCCGACGACAGCGGAGCGUUGACGAAAUCAAGUCCAUUGAGAGACCGUAGUCCUGCCCAUCUACUGUCACCAAUCAGUAUGCCAACUGCCUGCUUGUCUUUCAACAGUACAAUUGGAAGUACCCCGUCUAUAGACAUAAGUGAAACAGACACAGCAGGGUGUUCAAUGACGCGAAGAAGCUCCUCAGGUGGGUUGCUCUCCCCCGAAGUAGAAUUGACAGGACAACCGGGUCAAAAAUCAGUGGAGGAGCAGGAAGGUUUUUAUCUGUUGAAAAAAGACAGUCAACGACGCAUGACACUGACAAGAGUUCUUAGCCAAGAUGAAGCAACAAUAUGCGAGGUUUGGCUACGAAACAUCCAUCAAGAUGUCGGACAAACUGUUCUGCAAAUGCCACAUUUGGAGUUACUCAUGCGUGGAAUAAGAGAUUACAUAUCGGAUCAGAAUCAAGAAGCAAUUGCAGGAGCAUUCAGAACCCUCAAGGAAGAAUUGGAAUUCGACUCUACAACUAUAAAUCAUUUUCAUCUUGCUAUUUAUCUAUUUCAAACAGCAGUUAACGAGGUACUGAGAAUGCACAGCAUUAAACCACAUUGGAUGUUUGCAUUGGAUAAUCUAGUCAGAAAUGCUGUGCAGGCUGCUAUCACUGUAUUAUCUCCAGAACUUGGUGCAGGUUUAAUUGAGCAAGAGCGAGUUCCAGCUGGGCCGGAUGGCCCUGAGGAAGGCUCAACUUCUGGAGUAUCCACCGUGAAUUCAAUAAAGUCUCAGAAAAUCGGAGACUCCAGCGACGCUAAAUAUUGGCGAGAGUAUCGAGAUCAAAUGGGCUCUCUGAAGAUUGAAAAUAUGAGGCUAUUACAGGAGUUGUUGGACAGUCAGAAAACGUUCCACUCUAUUCUUCAACAAGCGCUGGAGGAGCAGAGGCUGCAAGUGGGAACUUUGACCCAAUUAUGUGAAGAUAUCAGCAGAAAAUUUGUCAGGCAAGAGUCUGGUUAUAACUCAAGUCUAUGCGGGAUAGCAACGUCACCGCAGCCACAUUUGGUACCUCAAAUAAGCAUAACAGACCACAAUAACCCAUCAAACGCAGACCAGAGACUCGUAGAGUGGCUUCAAGGUCUUGGUGUAGACGACGCCUCGAUUGACAGGUUUAUUUAUGAGGAAUACACACUCGAGGAUGUAUUGUUCCACAUGUCACGUGAUGAUCUGAGGAAAUUGAACCUGCGAGGAGGUGUAGAGCUCAGGAUAUGGAUGGCGAUAACUUCGCACAGACAAAAUAAUAAUUUUUCAUAAAUUUUCCUAAAAGAGUUCAUCUUAAUCAUUGAGAAUAAUCAUGUUUUUGUACUAUAUACCUAUUAUCAGUGUUCUUCUCUAGGUAAGUUUUUUUUUAUUGAAAUUACAGAGCGUAAGGAUUUGCAUAUUGCGUGAGAUUAUGAAAUAGUCUGUUAAUUAACUGCUCAGUUUCACGGAGUUAAACACAAAUAAGGAAAUUUAUUUUGAAUUUUCUUUUUAUGACGGCAAUCAUUCAUUCUGCAAGGAAAUUAAUUAUUUACUUGAACAUGCUGUGGCAGGAUGAGUUCAUAAUCAUCAGAACAAAAUAAUGCAAUUGAAGUGAUUCAAUUUCACCAAUAAAUACUUAUCUUUACGUUCAUUAAUCAGAUAUAUUGACGUUGAAAUCAAGAUAUUGAAAUCGAGAUAUUACCAUUUCAUGUGAUAAAAUCUAGCACGCCCAAUGUUCAAGUGCCUUUGAAAUGAUUAUUUUUUCAGCUAACUCGAGAUUUAUCGAGUGUUAUAUUUAAGCUGUCUUCCUACGAAUGUACAAAUUUAUCAAGAGAAAUAUUUACCAUAAAGUUGAUUAUUUACAAAGUAAAA